UUUGCAGUUUGAUGUUUCUCAAAUGCAACAAAAAUGGCAGCACUUAUGAGUUGGACUUGGACAACGCAGAGGUCGCGCCAGUGCGACCGUUCACAAAAAUUAGUCGCACCGGCAGAAAAAAGGGUCGCAGUCUGGAACCCUGAGUAUACAUCAAACAGCAGAGAACGGACUGUACAUGUAAUAAUGUAUGCUAUUUUUGUUUAUACAUAGUACAUCAUGGAAUUGGACUCUCCAAACACAGGGAUUGUUGACUGGCAGUCAGUAGCUCUGACCUACGGGCUGAAAUAUCCCAUCGCCGUCAAAAGCUCACAGGGGAAGGAGGUGAAGUUUAGGUUUGUGUUGACGUGUGAAGGCCUUUACUCUGAUCUGUUGUCUGAGAUAUCUGGCUGUAGUUCAGAGCCCCGUAUUGUUCCCUUCAGAGGGGAUUACCUGGUGCUCAAGCUAGAGAAAAACUACUUGGUCAGGAACAUCUAUUCUCGUCUGGCUGGGCCCAAACGGGAGGGAUAUACUCUUUGACUUUGACACACAAGACUUCCUUAAUGGGGUCUCCUACAGGUGCAAUGAAAUACACUUUGGCAUCUAUAACUUGAAAAGUUUAGGGUCAGUAAAUGCUUUUUAAAGAAAUUAUCAAUUUUAUUCGGCAAGGACAAAUUAAAUUGAUCAGAAGUGAUAGUAAAAAUAAUGUCAAAUAAAUGCUGUUCUUUUGAACUUUCCAUUCGUCAGAGAAUCUUGGAAACAAAUAUUAAACUUCAGCUGUUUUCAACAUUGAUAAUGAUUUAAAAAAAAAAGUUUCUUGAGCAGUUCAGGACAUUAGAAUUAUUUCUAAAAGAUUGUGUGAUGCUGAAAACAUCACCUUUGCCAUCGCAGGAAUACAUUUUUUAAAAAAUAUAUUAAAAUAGAAAACAAUUAUUUUAAAUUGCAUUAUUAAUUCACAAUAUUAUUAUUUCUACUGUGUUUUUGCUAAAAAUAAAUGCACAAGCAUUAAAAAAUUAAAUUAAAAAUCUUACAGAUCUUACAUUUAACAGUAGUGCACACUCAUAUUAACACAUUCUCAUGCAUAGAGUGCACUUAAAGAAAUACUCAGGGCUUAGUUAAGCUCAGUCGACAACACCUGUGGCAUAAUGUUGAUUACUACAAAAAUUAAUUUCACCUAGUUUUCUUAAAAAAAGUGAGAAUGUUACAGUGAGAUACUUACAAUGGAAGUGAAUGGGGUCAAUCAUUAAAUGCUAAAAUACCCAUUGUACUCAAUAGUAUAGCCACCUGACUAAAUAAUGUGCGUUAACUUCCUAACUCAUGUUAUGUAAUAGCCAAUUUUACAACUUUGUUACCAUGACAACAUAAUGCCUAAAACUACCAUAAAAAUUAAAAUUUUACAGCUUAAAUAAUAUGCUUUAACAGACAAAUUAAUGUGUUUUUAUAAAUGGCUUUUAAGUAAAUUGGUACCAUUUACUUCCUUUGUAAAUGAUUCGUUGUUACCUAAAUUUUUCCUCUUUUUUUGUAUAAAACAAGGGAUGAGUCGAAAAAUUACCCCAAAAACGAUGUCUAUUGAGCUUACUGAACCCAGAAUAUUUCUUUAAGUACAUAGUGGUGUUCAUUCAAGAUGAGGUUCAUUCAAGGCUCCUUGCUCGUGUUCAUAAUGUAUAUGUGUGUAUGUAUAGGUCUGCAGAGGUUGGUAAUGAAGAAUAUUGUUUAUGGAAUGGGGGAAAUAUACAGAGGUGUGUUUACCAGUGCUCAGGUAAAGCACCUGCAGAAGUUCAUACCUGAACUGAACCCCACUGAUGUCCUCAGGGGGCCUUCAGGUUUGUGU